ACAUACGUCAGAGCUAGUGAUGUCAAUCUCAAUCAGCCUCAAUUAAGGACGAUCGAAGAAUUCAUUGAUAAGCAAGCCGAUAUCAUAUUCUACGAUCGCUUCUAUAACUGGGAAGUGAUGGCUGGUUUUGCCGACUACGAGUUCCGAUUACCGAGGAGUUUUCAUGGAACUGACAAUGGAGCGAUCCAUGUGGGUAGGCUACUCUUCCGCAAAAGAUUACUGCAUGUCUCGCUCAAGGUAGUGUUCCAAAUCCUGAUACAAAGAGCUCUUAUUCAAAAAUUUACUUAUUCCCUGCAUUGA